AUGUCCUUCGACGGAUUGGGCCUGGACCCUCGGCUACUGCGCGCCCUGAACAAGCUGCGCCUCUCCACUCCCACACCCGUACAGUCCGCCUGCAUCCCGGUGUUCCUGGAGGGCCACGAUGUCGUGGCGCGCGCCCGCACAGGCUCCGGCAAGACCCUGGCAUACCUGCUGCCUGCCCUGCACCGCAUCCUGGCGGGCGGCGAGGCGCGGGCCUGGCAGGCCGUGGUCCUGGUGCCCACCCGGGAGCUCUGCUCCCAGGUGCUGCGGGAGGGGGAGCGCCUGGCCGCCGCGGCCGGCCAGGACCUGCGGGUGACCGCACUGGCAGGGGAGGGCCUGCCGCGCUCCGCGCUGAGCCGCGCGGGGCAGCUGGUGGUCACCACGCCGGCCAAGCUGGCGCUGGCGCUGUCCUCCGGCAAGCUGGCAACCGGCGCCCUGAGCCAGGCGCUGCAGACGCUGGUGCUGGACGAGGCCGACCUGCUGCUGGCCUACGGCUACGGCGAGGAUAUGCGCGGCGUGGCGCCCCUCGUCCCACGCGCCUGCCAGUGCAUGCUGCUCAGCGCCACGUCCUCCUCCGACGUGGAGGCCCUGUCCAAGCUGGUCCUGCACAAUCCACGCACCCUGGACCUGCUGGGCGCGGAGGCGGGGGUCGCACCGGCCGGCGGCGUGGCCGCCGAGGUUGAGCACUGGCGCCUGGACAUCCCCGCCCAUGUGCCCGCGGGGGCAGAGACCCUGGAGCGCCUGCUGCGGACCCUGGCCCUCAUCCGUCUGGGCCUGGUCAAGCGCAAGAUCCUCAUAUUCGUGAACAGCGUGGAGUCGGGGCUCAGGGUCCGGCUCUUCCUGGAGGCCUUUGGUGUGCGGGCGGCGCUGGUGCACUCGGAGCUGCCGCUGAACUCCCGGCACCACAUCCUGCAAGAGUUCAAUCGAGGCCUGUUUGACAUCCUGGUGGCCACCGACGACGUGCACGCCGGGGAGAAGAAGGAGGCCAAGGAGGGGACGGGCAGGCGCGGGCGGCGGGCCCAGAAGCAGCCCCAGGGACCGGCAAAGGACGAGGAGUUUGGGGUCACAAGAGGCAUCGACUUCAAGGGCGUGAACACAGUGAUUAACUUCGAUAUGCCCGCCAGCACCCAGGGAUAUGUGCACAGACUGGGUCGGACGGGGCGUGCUGGGGAGGAUGGUUUCGGCAUCAGCAUCGUAGGGCCGUCCGAGACCGAGCUGGCGGCCAGCAUCGAGGAGAUGCUGGCGGGGGGAAGCAAGAAGGCAGGGGAGAGCGGUGAGGAGGAGGCGGCCUGUGAGCCCGUCAUGAAGCCAUACACCAAGUUGACGGCAGUGGCGCUGGAGGGGCUGCGGUACCGCGGCACCGACGUCGCCCGCAGCCUGACCAAGAGGACCAUCAUAGAGGCACAAACAAAAGAGCUGAAGCAUGAGCUGCUCAACUCCCAGCGCUUGUCUGCAUUCUUUGAGGAGCACCCGGCAGAUCUGCAGCUGCUCCAACACGAUCGGCCGCUGGCGAGUGGGGCAGCGGUACAGGCCCCGCACCUGAAGCACCUGCCAGCGUAUCUACGAGACCCCACCAUCACCGCACGCUCCAACAUCGGGAACUCGGCGGGAGUGCUGCCGGAGAGGAAGCGGCGGAAGGUGGUGGGCAUCGACCCUGUGAAGGGCUUCAUGAGGGCGCCCAAGCGCGGUGGCGAUGAGAGGGAGGAGCCCACAGAGCUGGAACUCAAGGCAGAAAAGUACGGCAAGAAGCAUCGCAAGAAGGCACCGCCGGGGUUCAUACCCAAGGCAAACGUGCGGAAGGGCAAAGUGAGGAAACGGUAG